AUGGCGCUACGGCACACGGUCUCGUCAGUGCCACGAUCGACCACCUCGACCGACGCCGACCUCCUCAUAAAGCGUCGACGACUCGGCCUGCCAGACUCGACGCCCUCCACGAACAGCUUCGGCGCAUCCAAUCCCGGUUCGCCCACCACCACCACCACCACCACCAGGACAGAUGGCAGCCAGACGACCAUAUCCAACAUCGUGCUGAGGAAGUGGAGCGGCAAGGAUGAGAAGAAGAAGGAGUUUUUCAAGCCCAGGUACUGCCCAGGCGACCGCGACGAACUUCUCAAGCGUCUGGUCAGCUUCCAGGAGCUGACGGACUGGACACCCAAGCCAGAUCUCGUCAACGAGGUGCAGUGGGCCAAGCGCGGGUGGAUAUGUAAUGGCAAGGAGCGCGUUCGGUGCACACUCUGCAACAAGGAGCUCGUGGUGCGGCUCAACAAAAAGUCGGCCGACGGGAAAGAGGUCAUGGUUCUCGUGCCCUCGGAGAUCGAGGACGCGCUGGUGCAAAAGUACGUGGAGCUCAUUGUCACCUCCCACCAGGAGGACUGUCUCUGGCGGAAGCGCGGCUGCGACGACUCCCUCCUACGCCUGCCCCUGUCGAACCGACAGAACGCCAUACAAGACCUGCGGAAACGCUACGACGAGCUCUGUGCCCGAAAUGCCUUCCUUCCCUACGAGUUCAACCUACGGCUUCCCGAGGGGCUCAGCAUCAAUGCUAUCCUGUCACAGCUCCCGCCUGAUUUCUUCAGCGCCCCACCGCCUCCGCCUACAAGUCCCUCGCCAUCGUCCCCAAACCGUGUCGCCCUUGCGCUCGCUGUGCUCGGCUGGCAGGGUCUGGACAACCCACGCAUCGGUCCGGUGCCCAACACCGCGUCGUGUCAUACGUGUCUCCGCCGGCUGGGGCUGUGGAUGUUCAAGAGCAAGGAGAUCGACCCAGAGACCAACGAGGUGUUGGUGCCCGCGCCAAUGGAUCAUCUAGACCCCACCAGGGAGCACAGGUUUUUUUGCCCGUGGAAGAGCGCCGAGGCGCAGCGCAUCUCGCCAGAUGCAGGCUCCCAGAGGCGGAUGAGAUUGGCAGCCGAUGAAGGGGACAAGGCCGGCUGGCAGGUGCUAUUACAGGUGCUCAAGAACGAGGCUUACCUCAGAGAUCGGGAAACACCGAGCAAGCGGGCUUCCGGGGCGGGAAGAGAGAAACCUCCACAGACGCAUAGGAGGUCCGUGAUGGGCGAGAGUGGGGGGCAGGGUUCCCCUUACGCCUCGACGCCUGGACUGGAAGGAUCGGCAAUUGUAGGCGACGGGCCAGAGGACCAAGAAGACGAGAAGGUCGAGGCGGAAAAGGACAAGGAGAGGUGGGCCAGACUCCGGCGGGUCAAGAGCAUGUUGUCGUCCAAAGGGGCCCGGAAGCUGCGCAAAUCGUUCAGUGCCAGCCGGCCAGGUAGCGCGCUAAGUCGCCCAGGCACGAGCCACUCCACCGCACAUGAUGGAGAGACACCACAGGCGGAGACGCAGCAGUCUGCAGCAGCCCCAGUUGACCAGGCGCGCUGA